UAUUCAUGGUUUCAGGUUGUAACAGUGAACUCCACAACAUUAGAACCAAUGAGAACAUCUGAACCUACAACAGUAGAACCUACAAAACCUGCUCCUGGAAACGUAGCCAGUGUUUCAGUGGAGACCCAGACCACCAGCAGUUUAACUCUGAAGUGGGACAAAGUUGAUGGCAUCUCAACAUACAGACUGGAAUAUGGUUCUGUCUCUAAGGACAUCAAUGAUGCUGCUGGAGAAACAUUUGUUCAACAUGUGGUCUCUGGUCUGACUGAUGGGACAGAAUAUAGUUUCUCUCUUUUCACUGAGUUGAAUGGAGUCAGCAGCUCUGGAUUCUCAUUCUCUGCUGUUACAGUUCCUGAAAAUGUAGACAAUGUAUCAGUGCUGAAUCGAAGAGUUAACAGUUUAACCCUGGAGUGGCCCAAAGUCAACGACAUCUCAACAUAUAAACUGGAAUAUAAAGAGAAUGGAGCUACUGUUGUGAACAACAUCAAUAAUGCAGCUGCUGUUAUACAACAUGUGGUUUCUAAUCUGACUGGUGCAACACAAUAUAGUUUCUCUCUUUUCACUGUGUUGAAUGGAGUCAGCAGCUCUGGAUUCUCAUUCUCUGCUGCUACAGAUCCUGGAAAUGUGGAAAGUGUUUCAGUGGUGACCCAGACCACCAGCAGUUUAACUCUGAGGUGGAACAAAUUUAACGGCAUCUCAACAUACAGACUGGAAUAUGAAGUCAAUGGAGCUCCUAUCUCUAGGGACAUCAAUGCUGCUGCUGGAGAAACAGUACAAUAUGUGGUUCCUAGUCUGACAGCUGGGACAGAAUUUAGUUUCUCUCUUUUCACUGUGUUCAAUGGAGUCAGCAGCUCUGGACUCAUAUUUUCUGCUGCUACAGUUCCUGAAAACGUAGCCAGUGUUUCAGUGGAGACUCAGAGUGUUAACAGUUUAACUCUGAAGUGGGACAAAGUCAACAGCAUCUCAACAUACAGACUGGAAUAUGAAGAGAAUGGAGUUCCUGUCUCUGAGAACAUCAGUGAUGCUGCUGGAGAAACAUUUGUUCAACAUGUGGUCUCUGGUCUGACUAAUGGGACAGAAUAUAGUUUCUCUCUUUUCACUGAGGCCAAUGGACUCAGCAGCUCUGGAUUCUCAUUCUCUGCUGCUACAGCUCCUGGAAAUGUAAUAAAAGUAGAAGUGGUGACCCAGAACACCAGCAGUUUAACUCUGAAGUGGGACAAAGUUGAUGGCAUCUCAACAUACAGACUGGAAUAUGAAGAGAAUGGAGCUCCUGUCUCUGAGAACAUCAAUGAUGCUGCUGGAGAAACAUUUGUUCAACAUGUGGUCUCUGGUCUGACUGAUGGGACAGAAUAUAGUUUCUCUCUUUUCACUGAGUUGAAUGGAGUCAGCAGCUCUGGAUUCUCAUUCUCUGCUGCUACAGUUCCUGGAAACGUAGGAAAUGUUUCAGUGGUGACCCAGAACACCAGCAGCAUAACUCUGAGGUGGGACAAAGUUAACAGCAACUCAACAUACAGACUGGAAUAUGAAGUCAAUGGAGCUCCUGUCUCUGAGAACAUCAAUGCUGCUGCUGGAGAAACAUUUGUUCAACAUGUGGUCUCUGGUCUGACUAAUGGGACAGAAUAUAGUUUCACUCUUUUCACUGAGGCCAAUGGACUCAGCAGCUCUGGAUUCAUAUUCUCUGCUGCUACAGUUCCUCUGAGUGUGACGUCGGUCCGUGUUUUGGAGCGUUUAGUGGACAGAGUAACUUUACAGUGGGAGAAUCCAGAUCAAGCCUGGAAACACAACCUGAAUAUUAAUGACACCAACGCAUCUAUAACCCAGCAGAAGACGACAAACGUUGUGUCAUAUCUGAUCUCCAACCUGAAGCCUGGGACGAUGUAUCAGUUCAGCGUGACCACAGUGUUCUCUGGACUGAGCAGUGCUGCUUACAUCGAUCACACGUUAACACAAAUCGACUGCAGUGCCGUAUCCUGGAGGGUCACCAACUCAUCAAUCCAGGGAACAGUUGAAGGCUUGUUCUCCAAAGCUACGGCCUCUAAUGGAUCUGAAACUCUCAUCAGUCCUGGAGGGAAAAACGUGAAAUUCUCUGGCCUCCAUCCUGGAGCAACCUAUGAGAUUUCUCUACUGUAUGAAACAUCGUCUGAACUUUAUCCACAGUGUAGCAUCAACAUACCCAUCAUUCCUCCUUCUAUAUUUGCUCACUGCAGCUACUGGGGUUCUGGCUACAGCGCUCUGAUUAAAUGGGACCAACCGGUUGGUGUUUGGACGACAGGUGAACUCACCAUAAAUGGAAAAACUGUCACUUUAAACCCAGAUGAGAAUCAGCUCAUUGUGGACGGACUUCAACCUGCCAAAACGUAUAAAGUCUCUGUGAAUUCAAAGCUGGAAACUGAAGCUGAUCCCUUAAAAUCUGAACUAUUCACUUUCUUCUGUUCAACUGAUAACAGAGGAGUCAUUGGAGGAUCUGUCUUCGGUGUUCUGCUUAUUGUUGUUCUCAUCUGUGUGAUUGUGUUUCUUGUCUGCAAAAAGCCAGAUAUUAUCCGCAGAAAAAAGUCUUUACUCUCUGGAUCCAAAAAGUCAGAUUCAAAGGGGAAAGUCAUCCCUGUAGCCAAAUUCCCAGACCACUACCACCAGCUGAGUUUGGAUGAUAACCGAGGUUUCAGUCAGGAGUAUCAGUCCCUCUCUCCUGCUGGCACAAACCAAACCCAAAAAGCUGCGACUCUGCCAGAAAACAGAGGGAAGAACCGCUUCACCAACAUCCUUCCCUAUGAUUGGAGUCGAGUGAAACUAAAUACACCAACUCCAAACAAUAUCUUGGACUACAUAAAUGCUAAUUACUUACCAGGCUACAGCAGCAGCAAAGAGUACAUCGCCUGUCAGGGUCCUCUGCCCAACACGGUCAGUGAUUUCUGGAGGAUGGUUUGGGAGCAAAAAGUGAAGAGAAUCGUCAUGGUUACCAACUGCGUUGAAGCAGGGCGGACCAAAUGUGAACAAUACUGGCCUGAAGACAGGAGCCCUUGUGCUCAUGGAAAUCUGAUUGUCUCCAAAAUGUCUGAGGAGAGAGAGUCCAACUGGGUUCUGAGGGAGUUUAAAGUGAAACAUGCGAAGGAUUCAGAGGAACGGACGGUGAAGCAUUUCCACUUCACUGCCUGGCCUGACCAUGGAGUACCUCAGGGCACAGAAGUCCUGAUCCGUUUCAGAGGACUUGUGAGGAAACAUAUAGAGAGCGAAGGGAGCAAAGCCCCAACCGUAGUUCACUGCAGUGCCGGGGUGGGCCGGACGGGCACCAUCAUCGCCCUGGACGUCCUGCUGCAGCAGCUGCAGCAGGAGCGGGCCGUCGGCAUCAACAGCUUCGUCUACAAGAUGAGGCAGCAUCGAUCUCACAUGGUGCAGACGGAGUCCCAGUACGUGUUCCUGCACCAGUGCAUCAUGGACAGCCUGCAGCCGCCCGGCGUCCAGGAGGAGAACGUUUACGAGAACGGCGACCUUAUGUACGUCAACGCCACGGCGCUCCGACAGCUCCGCUGACCCGACGGCGCCGGUUCAGCCCAGCACUAAGACUUGAUGCACAUAAUGACGAGCCAACAGUGUCAUUAUAUAAAGCACACCUAUACAUGGUGUUCAUACUGUAUAGAAAUGCUUUUGUAGUUUACAUCUGCCGGUUCUGCCAUUAUGCUGCCUUAUAUUAUUAUU